AUGACGUCGCGUCGUCCCCUUUCACACAAUCGAUUUGUUGGAGAUCUGCCGGUGUUGACGAACAUGGAAAAGCGAUACGUAAAGGUCUCAAUAUUUUUGUUACCGUUUGUCUUGUAUACUGCUGUGAUGUUAAAGAUGCUAGACAAUGCCUGCCAAACUGAAAUAUUCAGAAAACACGCGACUCCUCCCGAUGUGUUCCCUCGGGUGUUAGAACAAAGUCAUAACUCUACGCUGCUACUACACUCGGUAUUAAGGAAGUAUGAAGCCAUAGACAGACAGAGGACCAAGCUAUCGGAAAUGCUAAACAAACUCUUAUCAGAUGAAUCCCCAGAAACUCUUGCCACAAACGAUCUCGCUGUGCGGUACUUCAACGCCAGGAAUUUGCGAGAUUUGAAAGGUUUAGAUAAAAUCGGAAGUAAAAUCGAAAAUCAAGUUGUAACCAAAGCGAAAUAUGUAUUCAACUGUACAAAUAUUAAUCAGAUUAAAUUAAUAAAGAAAGUUGGACACGGUGUUUCAAAACAAGCAUUUCUUGGAAAGUUCAAAGGUCAACCAGUAGCAGUAAAAAUGGUGACACGUCAUCAAAAAGAAGUGAGACAAUGUUUGGAGGGAAUUCGUGAAAAAGGAAUGGAGUGGGAUACUUUUCAGAGGUCAAGGUGUUUUGUUUUCCCAACUAUGAAACUUAUGAAAGAAAUUCUCCUUCUUGAACAACUUGAUCAUCCGGGAUUUGUUCAGAUGCUAGGUUACUGUGUACGUAGUGAGGAAAGUGACAGCACAGAUAUGUCUGAACACGGAGUAGUAGCUAUAUAUGAAUAUGGAGAGAGAUUUGUAUUGGACAAUCUUCAAUUUUUACCAAUGAAGGCUAAACUCCGUCGAGCUAUAAACCUGGCAAAAUUUCUGCAAUAUUUAGAAUAUUCUCCUCUGGGGUCGCUUCGCAUCAAGGAUUUUAAGGAAGGACAUUUUCUAUUAGUAAAUUCUUCUUUAAAGAUGAUUGAUUUAGAUGAUGUAGACAAUAUCGAGCCUUCAUGUGAUAUUUAUUCUGACAGCGAUCACUUAACUGCUAAUCCAAAUGUUCAUUACCGUACAUGUGAAUACGAUAUUCAAUGUCAGAUGGGGUUAUGUAUUGGUUACAAUGCUAAACAGAAUCUAAAAUCAAUGACUAGACUGUUCUUUAAAAGGUUGCUGUAUCCAUCAUCAUAUCCAUCAAAUCUUGUAGAGUCGUUAACACAGGUCAAUACACGACUUGAAACUCUCACCAUAACCGCGCUGGAACUGAUAGAGGUUCUGGAGGAUUCCCUUACACACCUAUAG